CGGAACUUCCGGGGACGGCACGCCAGCUCCCUCGGAACCGGAAGUGGAGCCUGGGAUCCUUGACGUUAGGAACGAAGUCGAACCUGGAUCUGGAGCCGGGUAAGGUCAGAUCGGGGAUGCUCUCAUAAUGAGUGUCAAUCAGUCAGCCCCACCCGUUCCACCGUUUGGGCAGAACCAGCCCGUCUACCCAGGGUAUCAUCCGGCCAGCUAUGGUGGGCAGCCAGGCCCUGCAGUACCUGCUUCUCCCUAUGGAGCCUACAAUGGCCCGGUACCAGGCUAUCAGCAAACACCUCCCCAAGGUGUGCCGAGAGCCCCACCCUCCUCAGGGGCGCCUCCAGCCUCAAUGCAGGCCCCCUGUGGUCAGACUACAUAUGGCCAGUUUGGUCAAGGUGACAUACAGAACGGGCCAAGCUCCACAGCUCAGAUGCAGAGGCUCCAGGGGUCUCAGCAGUUUGGGCCCCCAUUGGCUCCUGUGGUCAGCCAGCCAGCUGUGCUUCAGCCCUAUGGCCCGCCCCCCACAAGUACGCAGGUGACCGCACAGCUUGCUGGGAUGCAGAUCAGUGGUGCUGUGUCCCAUGCCCCCCCCUCUUCUGUGCUGGGCUAUGGUCCACCAACAUCAUUGGCCUCAGCCUCAGGAAGUUUCCCUAAUUCUGGUCCGUAUGGCUCCUAUCCUCAGAGCCAGGCUCCUCCCCUUAGCCAGGCUCAAGGUCAUCCUGGAGUCCAGCCUCCCCUGCGAUCUGCCCCACCACUGGCUUCCAGCUUCACAUCCCCAGCUUCAGGUGGUCCUCGGAUGCCUUCCAUGACUGGUCCACUCCCGCCUGGACAGGGCUUUGGGAGUCUCCCAGUGAGCCAGCCCAACCACGUGUCCUCGACUCCUUCCCAUGCUCUGCCCCCUGGCACGCAGAUGACCGGGCCCCCUGGCACCCAGAUGACGGGGCCCCCAGUGCCGCCACCAUCUAUGCACUCCCCUCAGCAGGCGGGCUAUCAGCUGCAGCAAAAUGGUUCCUUUGGUCCAGCCCGAGGCCCUCAGCCUAAUUAUGAGAGCCCAUACCCUGGAGCACCUACCUUUGGCAGUCAGCCUGGGCCUCCUCAGCCCCUGCCUCCUAAGCGCCUGGACCCUGAUGCCAUCCCCAGCCCUCAACUUAAUGAGCUGCCUCCUCAGCAGAGAGCCAGGCACAGAAUAGACCCUGAUGCCAUUCCUAGUCCAAUUCAGGUUAUUGAAGAUGAUAGGAACAACCGGGGUUCAGAGCCAUUUGUUACUGGUGUACGGGGACAGGUGCCACCCUUAGUCACUACCAACUUCCUGGUGAAAGACCAAGGGAAUGCAAGUCCCCGGUACAUUCGAUGCACAUCCUAUAAUAUCCCUUGCACGUCUGACAUGGCUAAGCAGGCUCAGGUGCCUCUGGCAGCUGUCAUCAAGCCUCUGGCAAGGCUGCCCCCAGAGGAGACAGGCCUUCUCUGUACACCUGCUCCUGGAACUGGCCCUGUUGACCAGGCUUCACCAUAUGUUGUGGACCAUGGGGAGGCUGGCCCUCUGCGCUGUAACCGCUGCAAAGCGUACAUGUGUCCUCUCAUGACGUUCAUCGAGGGAGGAAGACGCUUCCAGUGCUCGUUUUGCAGCUGUGUCAAUGAUGUUCCCCCCCAGUAUUUUCAACAUCUGGAUCAUACCGGCAAACGUGUGGAUGCUUAUGACCGUCCUGAGCUGUCCCUGGGCUCUUAUGAAUUCUUGGCCACUGUAGAUUACUGCAAGAACAAUAAGUUCCCCAGUCCUCCUGCCUUCAUCUUUAUGAUUGAUGUCUCCUACAACGCCAUCAGGACUGGUCUUGUUCGGCUCCUCUGUGAGGAGCUCAAGUCGCUCUUAGACUACCUGCCUAGGGAGGGCGGAGCAGAAGAGUCUGCCAUCCGAGUUGGCUUUGUCACCUACAAUAAGGUGCUCCACUUCUACAAUGUGAAGAGCUCCUUGGCUCAGCCACAGAUGAUGGUUGUAUCUGAUGUGGCAGACAUGUUUGUGCCACUGCUGGAUGGCUUCCUGGUCAAUGUCAGAGAGUCCCGGGCAGUUAUCACCAGCUUAUUGGAUAAGAUCCCAGAAAUGUUUGCAGAUACAAGAGAGACAGAGACAGUCUUUGCCCCAGUUAUCCAGGCUGGAAUGGAAGCUCUGAAGGCUGCCGAGUGUGCAGGAAAGCUGUUUCUGUUCCACACAUCCUUGCCCAUUGCAGAGGCCCCAGGGAAGCUGAAGAAUAGAGAUGACAGGAAGUUGAUCAACACAGACAAGGAGAAGACUCUCUUCCAGCCUCAGACAGGUACCUACCAGACUCUGGCCAAAGACUGUGUGGCCCAAGGCUGCUGUGUGGACCUCUUCCUCUUCCCUAACCAAUAUGUAGAUGUGGCCACACUCUCUGUUGUCCCCCAGCUCACUGGAGGCUCUGUCUACAAAUAUGCCUGCUUUCAGGUGGAGAAUGACCAGGAACGGUUCUUGAGUGACCUGCGUCGGGAUGUACAGAAGGUGGUUGGCUUUGAUGCUGUGAUGCGGGUUCGGACAAGUACUGGUAUCCGUGCUGUAGAUUUCUUUGGAGCUUUCUACAUGAGCAAUACAACAGAUGUGGAGUUGGCUGGACUAGAUGAGGACAAGACAGUGGCUGUGGAAUUCAAGCAUGACGAUCGGCUCAGCGAAGAGAGCGGCGCCCUGCUGCAGUGUGCCCUGCUUUAUACCAGCUGUGCAGGGCAGCGUCGGCUCCGCAUCCACAACCUGGCCCUAAACUGCUGCACCCAGUUGGCUGAUCUGUAUCGAAACUGUGAGACGGACACGCUCAUCAACUACAUGGCCAAGUUUGCGUAUCGGGGUGUUGUGAAUAGCCCUGUGAAGACUGUGCGUGACACUCUCAUCACCCAGUGUGCCCAGAUCCUGGCCUGCUAUAGAAAGAACUGCGCCAGCCCAUCCUCUGCAGGACAGUUGAUCCUUCCUGAGUGUAUGAAGCUACUCCCAGUUUACCUAAACUGUGUGUUGAAGAGUGACGUUCUGCAGCCUGGAGCCGAGGUCACGACUGAUGACCGUGCCUAUGUUCGACAGCUGGUUUCUUCCAUGGAUGUGGCCGAGACCAAUGUCUUCUUCUACCCUCGGCUUCUACCACUGACAAAGUCUCCCAUCGACAGUACCUCUGAACCACCAGCAGUUCGAGCGUCUGAAGAACGUUUAAGCAGUGGCGAUAUAUAUUUGCUGGAAAAUGGGCUCAACCUCUUUGUCUGGGUGGGAGCAAGCGUCCAACAAGGUGUCGUCCAGAGCCUUUUCAACGUCUCCUCCUUCAGCCAGAUCACCAGUGGCUUGAGUGUUCUGCCAGUUCUGGAUAAUCCACUGUCCAGGAAGGUUCGAGGCCUCAUUGAUAGCUUACGGGCACAGAGAAUGCGGUACAUGAAGCUAAUCGUGGUGAAACAGGAAGACAAGCUGGAGAUGUUGUUCAAGCACUUCCUGGUAGAAGACAAGAGCCUAAGCGGAGGUGCGUCUUACGUGGACUUUCUCUGUCACAUGCACAAGGAGAUUCGGCAGCUACUGAGCUGAAUAAAGCCAGCGGUAAAUGGUAUAGGGUCCCAGGCCAACUUCCAGAAAGUACCCCAGGAUGGCAGAGAAAUUGGGACAGUUCCAUAUCUUAGGAGUCAUGUAAGCUGACCUCAGUCUCUUUGGGGGGGAGGGAAAGAUAUAAGGAGACACCUUCUUUCUGGGCUCAAAUAUCCUCUACCACUGUCAUGUCCUGCUGAUGGAAGGUGCCCCGUCCCUUACUCUACCCUCUUUCUCCUGCUAACCCUGUUGUAAUGAAUGUAGUUGAUCAGUUCACUGUAUAUGAUCUAGUGUUGGGUUUGGAGGCAGUGAGGCCCUGGCAAUACUGAGUCCCUUUGGACCAGCCUCCAAGAGGGAAGGGGCAGGCAGGAAGGAGUGGACACCCCAGGGUUAUUGCAGGAGGUGGCAAAUUCAGCUCCAUGUCAUCAGCAACUUCCUAUAUUAGGGAUCAGAUAUACAGGUGCACAAGAGCUGGGUACAGACUGUAGGUGGUGGAGAGUAAAGCAGUUGGGGGCCUGGCGGUCAGGAGCAAAAUUAGAGUUCCUGAGGAUGGAUGCCUAGUUGUCUCUACUUCCAUUGUGCUGCUCUCUCCCCUGCUAUGAUGGUGAGCGCUUUGUGGACAGAAGCUCAUAGCUAGAGAUGAAUGAGCCUGGGGACUGAAUUGCAAAGCAUAUUAACACCUAGGGGAGGUAGCCGCCUCCUUCCCAGCUGGAGAAGCCCCACUACUGGACGGUUCUGUAGAGAGCCUGAUGGUCAACUUGCAAUACCUCACAGAGCCACCCACAUCCCACUCAGCUCCUACCAGAAGCAGCUUAAGCCGGCGUCGUUGGGGGAGGCGGAGAUGGCUGGAGCCCUCCCUGUCUUCCUGUGCCUGGACGUUCCUGGGCUUUGGUACUGACUGAGUGGCUGACAGUUAUCUUCCAACUCCAAUUGGCUGGGGCAGGACAAGGGCUAGGAUUGAUGGUGGUCAGGGUUGCCUGCUCCCAGCCCGGGAUGCCCCUGCUCUGGACCUUUCAUUUCUUUUCAUUGGUUUAUUUUUCAAUGCAUCUUUAAUUUGUAAAGAAAUAAAAUAAGAUGUAACCAGUA